UCAUUAAAUUAAUCGAACACGUCAGCUAGGCUAUCUCCAAAAACUGAAAUUCUUUUAGUUUUCAGGCUGAAAAGUGUAUUAAUUUGUAAUAAUACUUGAAAUUAUCAAUUAAUCAGGCACACUUCAACUCAAUACAAAAUGGUUCUUAUAGCGGCAGCGGUGUGUACCAAGAAUGGCAAAGUGAUUAUUUCACGACAAUUUGUGGAGAUGACUAAGGCACGCAUUGAGGGUCUUUUGGCAGCAUUCCCCAAGCUAAUGACAGCGGGCAAACAGCAUACAUACGUGGAAACCGAUUCGGUACGUUAUGUCUAUCAGCCAAUGGAGAAGUUAUAUAUGCUUCUAAUCACCACCAAAGCCAGUAAUAUUUUGGAGGAUUUAGAGACUUUGCGUUUGUUUUCUAAAGUCAUACCUGAAUACUGUCAUACUCUGGAGGAGAAGGAAAUUUUGGAAAAUGCUUUUAAUUUGAUUUUUGCUUUCGAUGAAAUCGUGGCCUUGGGCUAUAGAGAAAGUGUUAAUUUGGCCCAAAUCAAGACAUUCGUGGAGAUGGAUUCGCAUGAGGAGAAACUGUAUCAGGCUGUAAGGCAGACACAAGAACGAGAGGCCAGGCAGAAAAUGCGUGAGAAGGCUAAGGAGUUGCAGAGACAACGCAUGGAGACAGCCAAACGUGGCGGUCCCAUGAGCGGUGGCAUGGGAAGUCGCUCUAGUGGCGGCUUUAGUUCGGAUGGUUUUGGGGCAAAUACAACCAACAUGGGCAUGGGUGGCAUAAGUGGAGGACCCUCAAUUGAAAUGGAUAAGCCAAUAGCUCCCAAGCCACAAAAACCAGUUUCUCGCAAUGCCUUGAAAUUGGGUGGCAAAACAAAAGAUGUCGACAGCUUUGUGGACCAACUUAAUAGUGAGGGUGAAAAGAUUGCUAAAUUGACCCCGGCCUCUGCAGGCAAUAACUCUGCUGUUACUGCUGCCAAGGCAAAAAUCAUUUCCGAUGUUCCCAUGGAUAGUAUUCAUUUGAAGAUGGAAGAUAAACUUGUGGUGCGCAUUGGCCGUGAUGGUGGUCUACAACAAUUCGAGUUAUCCGGCCUCUUGACUUUGCGCAUUUCCGAAGAGAACAUGGGACGUAUUAAAGUGGCUUUGGAGAACAACGAUGCGCAUGGCAUUCAAUUGCAAACACAUCCAAAUGUCGAUAAGGAAUUAUUCAAAACACGUUCGAUUAUUGGCUUAAAGAAUCCUGCCAAACCUUUCCCUCUGAAUACAGAUGUUGGUGUGCUAAAGUGGCGUUUUGUAACACAGGAUGAAUCUGCUAUACCAUUGACAAUAAACUGUUGGCCUUCAGAGAAUGGUGAAGGUGGCUGCGAUGUUAACAUUGAAUAUGAAUUGGAGGCUCAACAUUUGGAAUUACAAGAUGUUUCUAUUGCUAUACCAUUGCCCAUGAGUGUUCAGCCACAAGUUGCCGAGUAUGAUGGCACCUAUAACUAUGAUGCCCGUAAACACAUUUUGCAGUGGAAUAUUCCUAUCAUUGAUGCUGCUAACAAAUCUGGAUCGAUGGAAUUCAGUUGUAAUUCUUCUAUUCCCGGAGAUUUCUUCCCAGUACAGGUCACAUUUGUUUCUAAAACUCCCUAUGCAGCCAUUAAAGCCAAAGAUGUGGUUUUGGUGGACACUGAGGCGCCAGUGAAGUUUUCAACAGAAAAUAUUUUAUAUGCGGAUAAAUAUGAAGUUGUUUAAAGUAGACUUUCUCUUUCUCCCCCCUCAAGAAUCGAUGGAUUCGAUACACUUUUUUUUAUAGAAAUAUUGUAUAUGUAUGUAUUACAUCCACACACACACACACACCCACACACUCAUAUGAGUUAUCGUUUAAAUCUCUCAUCAUCAAUAUUAUUAUGAAAUCCAAGGAUGAUUGGGAAUGCAAAUUUAUUAUUUUAUCAAAACAACUAUUCCAAUGCUUUAUCCUAUAAUCAUCAUAUUUUUUUAUAUAUAUAGAGUUGUCUUUGUUUUUUUUUGAGUCUGUAUGUUAAAAACAUAGAUUCUUAAGUUUGUGUUUUGUAUUGGAGAAGAAAAAAAAAACGGAAAAACAAAUGAGUAAUAUUUAGCUGGUGUAAAUCGUUGGUUUAAACAACAGCUGCUUAUAAAAAGUUUUUCCUUCAAAAGUUUAUGUUUAUUGAUAUAACGAUUUUUUUGUUUGUUUAUCAUACAUCAUUAAGAGAUACAGCCCCUGCUGCAGAAAUGUAUUCGAAAAUAGCAUAUUCCAUAAUCUAUCUUGAACUAUAAAUACAAGAAAAAUAAUUUUAUAAAAAUUUAAAAAGAAACAAAUAUGUGAAUGAAAAUUAGUUAAAGAAAGAUACACCAAGAAAUAAUAAAUAAAUGAUAAGAAAAAACAACAAA